AUGCCUCCGACCCGGCAGCGAAUUUUCCGACCAGUCAAUAGUUGGCCAGCUUCAUUACAAGUGAUAGAGCCAGUAAAACAUAGUGAUAUGUUACUAACGCCAGUAUAUGAAGACUUGAUUCAAAGGCAAACGGUAGGUUGAAAAGAAAAUACCCUACCCUACCCUACCCCUUACAGUAUCCUUUUCUAUCGUACUCUACCACACUCUACCGUACUUUUCUUUACUUCAUUGUUACAUAUAGUACUUCACCCUAAUGCACCUUACUGUACUUUAUCUUUAUUUUUUUUACUUUACUUUACCUUACCCUACUUUAUGCUUACAAAUUUUACUUUGCAGAAUCGCCACAUGCAACGCAGACACAGUAUGACAAACAAGCGAAAAAUGCGUCAUCCGAUGUGCUUCUUCACAUCCAUGCCAUGCCCACAUAAGAAGCUGUAA